CCCUGCACGCGAACCUUACAAAGCGUCACGAGUUGCAGGAAUGAUUAUGGGGAGUUGAGAGAGAAUAAUAGUUGUUUGGCAACGACGGCUGAAGUUAAUGAAGCGAACUAUUGACAGCUCGGCGAAUUAGCGGGGAGCCACUAUGGCUAACAUCACCAAGAAAGUGUCGUGGUCCAGCCGGGGUGACGACUCCGCUUUGACCGGGGAGGGGACACCGUUACUCAACGGCACUGAGAUACCGAAACCUUCCAGAAAGCUGUCCGGAUCAGGCAGUGUAUUUCGGAUAGGCAGAUUCAGCACGGUGGAUUUGGAAGAUGAUAUAACAUCAGAAGAGGACCCUAUUAGGGGCCGACCGAAAGAGAUCCCACACAACGAGAAGCUGCUGUCACUUAAAUAUGAGAGUCUGGAUUAUGACAACAUUGAAAACCAGCUCUUUCUUGAAGAGGAGAGAAGAAUGAGUCCCAUGGGUUUCCGCUGUUUGGAGAUCAGUCGUUGGGUAAUCUGCGGUCUGAUUGGCAUUCUAACGGGUCUCAUCGCCUGUUUUAUAGACAUUAUGGUGGAGAAACUGGCUGGGUACAAAUAUCAAGUUAUUAAAGAGAACAUUGAAAAGUUUACAGAGGUGGGUGGGCUGUCUAUUUCUCUCAUCCUCUGGGCCGUUCUCAACUGUGCCUUCGUCCUGGUGGGGGGCAUCAUGGUUGCGUUUUUUGAGCCAAUAGCAGCUGGAAGUGGUAUUCCUCAGAUAAAAUGUUACCUAAAUGGAGUCAAGAUUCCCAGGGUGGUACGGCUCAAGACGCUGGUGGUGAAAGUGAUUGGCGUUAUAUGUUCAGUAGCUGGCGGUCUUGCUGUUGGAAAGGAAGGUCCCAUGAUUCACUCUGGUGCUGUUGUAGCUGCGGGAGUCUCACAGGGCAGAAGCACCUCCUUAAAACGGGACUUCAAGAUGUUUGAAUACUUCCGGAGAGACACAGAAAAGAGGGACUUUGUUUCUGCUGGAGCUGCUGCUGGAGUUUCUGCUGCUUUUGGGGCACCAGUUGGCGGAGUUUUGUUCUCUCUAGAGGAGGGAGCUUCUUUCUGGAACCAGAUGCUCACAUGGAGGAUAUUCUUUGCCUCCAUGAUCUCCACCUUCACACUGAACUUCUUCCUCAGUAUCUAUCAUGGAAAACCAGGAGACCUUUCCAAUCCAGGUCUCAUUAACUUUGGACGCUUUGAAAGUGAUAGUGUGGCCUAUUACUACUACGAGAUCCCUUUGUUCAUGUGUAUGGGAGCUUUAGGUGGGUUGUUGGGAGCGCUCUUUAAUUCAAUCAACUACUGGCUGACUAUCUUCAGGAUCAGGUAUGUGCAUCGCCCAUGUUUGCAAGUGAUAGAGGCCUUGUUGGUGGCUGCUGUGACCGCAGCAGUGUCAUUCACCAUGAUUUAUUUUUCCAACGACUGUCAGCCUCUGGGGCCCGAACACAAUGAGGAGUACCCACUGCAGUUGUUUUGUGCAGAUGGCGAGUAUAAUGCCAUGGCUACAGCAUUUUUUAACACUCCUGAGAGAAGCGUUCGUAGUCUCUUCCACAAUCAGCCGGGAAGUUACAACCCUAUGACACUGGGUUUGUUUACUCUGACCUAUUUCUUCCUGGCGUGUUGGACAUACGGCCUGGCAGUGUCUGCUGGUGUCUUCAUCCCGUCUCUUCUAAUAGGAGCAGCUUGGGGGAGGCUGUGUGGGAUACUGCUUGCCUCUUUCACUCCCACUAGCCCGAUUUGGGCUGAUCCUGGUAAAUAUGCUUUGAUUGGAGCUGCAGCACAGUUAGGUGGCAUUGUAAGAAUGACUCUCAGUUUGACUGUCAUCAUGGUGGAGGCAACUGGAAACGUCACGUACGGCCUUCCCAUAAUGCUCGUUCUCAUGAUUGCCAAAAUAGUGGGAGACUACUUUCAGGAGGGUUUAUACGACAUUCACAUCAAGUUGCAGAGUGUUCCCUUCCUGCACUGGGAGGCUCCUGCCACCUCCCACUGGCUGACUGCCAGAGAGGUGAUGAGUUCUCCAGUCACCUGCUUCAACAGGAUAGAGAAGGUGGGAACAAUCGUGGACGUCCUUAGCAACACAUCAACAAAUCACAAUGGCUUCCCUGUUGUCGUGCAGGUUUUGGAUAGUGAUGAGCCAGCAAAACUCUGCGGUCUCAUCCUGCGCUCUCAGCUGAUUGUUCUUCUCAAACACAAGGUGUUUGUGGAGUUGGCCCGGUCCCGGCUGUCUCAGAGGAAGCUCCAGCUGAAAGACUUCAGGGACGCCUACCCCCGCUUUCCCCCAAUCCAAAGCAUCCACGUCUCCCAGGACGAGAGAGAAUGCAUGAUGGACCUCACUGAGUUUAUGAAUCCAACACCUUACACUGUACCACAGGAUACAUCACUCCCCCGUGUGUUUAAGCUGUUCAGAGCCCUGGGACUGAGACACCUGGUGGUGGCAGAUGAUGUGAACAGGGUGAUUGGACUGGUGACAAGGAAGGACUUGGCCAGAUAUCAUCUGGGCAAACAUGGGCUGGAGGAGCUGCAGCUUGCCCAGACAUAGUGUGCCCACAUACACACGCCCAUAGACUGACCACAUGUUGCCUCAGAAGCUGUUGACCAUCCGUUUGGCAGCCCAGAAGGACGCCUUCAAGGGCCAAAGAUCUCUUUUUUGAAUAAUUCUAAAAAACAUCCACCCCUCUGUUAACGCUGAGUGACGGCAUUUUCUCCUAAAGGAUUCAAAUGAAUAGUUUUUCCAGGAUAAUUCCAGGAGCUGUAUUUUAUUUAAUAAUUCACCAGAUUUUUGCGCUGAGGCAACAAAUGAUGCUUGACUUUCUUGUCUUUUAUUCUUAAUCGUUUUGGUUGUUUAGUUGUUUUUCUCACAC